AUGAAUUGCCAGACUACAGAGGUUUCUACAGAAAAACAGCUGUUUCCUUCUGAAGAGUUAGAAUGCAAAAUAUGUUAUAAUCCUUACAAUCUGAAGAAUAGGCGACCCAAGUUGUUAGAAUGCUUUCAUAGGGUGUGUGCCAAAUGCCUAUACAAGAUUGUAGACUUUGGAGACUGCUCACUAGGCAUAAUUAGUUGUCCUUUCUGCAGAUAUGAGACAAGCGUGUUAGAAGAUGUCAGCGGACUUCCAGACGACAGCAAUUUCAUUGCUGCCCUUACGUGCAAUGAGAGGAGUAGAAAGCUUGCUCUGGACAACCCAUCUGAGCUAUUGCUCUCCCCAAAAAGGUUGGCAUCCUUUCCAAGCCCAUCGCAUGGUUCCUCAAACUGCCUGGUGAUUACCAUCAUGGAAGUUCAAAGGGAUUCCCCUCAGUCUCAGAGUUCAGCACCAGCCAUGGAAUUCUACAACACCAGCUUUGACUCAGUGGGCUCAAUGUCUCAGCAAUGGGCAGUUUGGAAUUGUACUCCCCUACUCUGCCAGACGAUAGGCAGAAUCCUCGUCUGGCUACUGGGGCUACUGUAUUUCAGCUCAUUGCCUCUUGGUGUUUACCUGCUAGUGAUUCAGAAAGUUACACUGGGUAUCAUCUUUGUCAGUCUGGUUCCCUCCAGUCUUGUUAUACUUAUGGUCUAUGGUUUUUGUCAGUGUUUAUGCCAGUGGGACUGUGACUGCUCCUCUCAAGCUCCAGAGUAUAAAGGAGAUCUUCACUUGCAGACCUUUGUCACAGAGGAAUUGUUAGCUGCCUAUCUACCCUGUCAGGACCUGUGA